AUGGGGCCAGUGGUGGCCCCCGGGCGAGAGCGCUCGGCUGGGACAGAGGCACGCAGAAGGCAGAAACCACCCAACACGACCCUGAAGCGAGCGGUGGUCUCGCUGCUGCCUGCCCCGUGCAGCCGGUUCCUCUGGAGCCGGCCGGACCAGUACCGCGGCAGCAAGUUCUUCCUGGGUGCUGGCGUCGGGACCCUCCUUGGUUUCGGGCUCUGCCAGCUCCUCAUCGUCCCCAUGAACAUCACGGAGAUGCGCAAGGUGCAGCUCUGCUGCGGGCUGGCGGGGGUGACUGCCUUGGGCUGGGCCACGUCUCCCCACUUUCGCUGUGCCAGCCUGCUCAUGGCCCCCAAAUUCCUGGGCAAGGAGGGUCGGGUCUACGUCCUCUCCUUCGUCCUCGCCGCCAUCUACAAUGGGCCCGUGGCCAACACCUGGCACAACCUGGAGGAGGUGACGCGCUCGCUGGGCUGCGUGGCGGAGCUGCAGGUCAACCACAGCCGCCACCUAUGGCGGGUGUCGAUGGCCCCCCUGCGCAGGGUGAUGGAGGACAUGGCGCGGAGCGGGCGGACGCUGAACACCGAGAUGGGGAACAUCUCACGCGCCUUCGUGGAGCUGAACGAGGAGGUGGCCAGCGAGGCGGGGUACGACCUGCGGCAGCACCGGCGCCCGGCCUCCCGGCCGGCCCCCAGCACCCAGCAGCUGUACGAGACGAAGACCAAACAACGCUGCACCUAUGUGAUCGAGCUGGGCAUGCAGCGCUGCCGGGACUGGUUCAACGACAAGCACAAAGCUUGCAUGGCGCAAGUGGUCGUGCCCAUCAUCAGCCACCUCCUCUGCGUGCCCAUGAAGUUCAAGUUCCUCUGCCACAUUGUCAAGAUCAUGGACAGCUGGUGCCGGGACAGGAUCCCCGUGGAGGGCAAUUUUGGGCAGAUGUACGACAUGGUGAACAACUCCGUCAGCAACCUCAGCCAGGACUUCAGCACCAGCGUCGUCUUCCAAGAGGAGCACCGCGAGAUGCUGAUGGGCGCCAACGUGUCGGCGGAGCAGCUGAUGGAGGAGGUUCUGGAGCUGCUGGAGUGCAUCGCGCCCCUGCUCCUCCUCCUCCUCGCCUGUGGCCUGGACCACACGCUCUUCACCAUGCUCAGCAUCAUCCAGCAGCACUCCUUCAUCCAGUACUCCUUCCACAGCAGCCACCACUUGGCCGUGAAGGUGACGGGCACGUCCCUGAUGGCUCGGCUGGGGGGGGGCACCAUCGGGGCCCUCAACACCUCCUCUGACACCCAGCUGGAGACGUCCAACUUCGCCUGCCUGCCGCAGCCCCGGGGCAUGACGAGGCAGCAGUACGUGGGCAGCUGCCUGCCCUUGGCCGUGCUGGCGCUGCUCUGCCUGGCCCAGGUCUACACGUACCGCCUGCGCCGCGCCAUCGCUGCCUUCUACUUCCCCAAGCGGGAGAAGAGCCGUGUGCUCUACCUCUACAACAAGCUGCUGCGGCAUCGGCAGAGCUUUGUCCACCGGCAGCGGAAGCGCAUCGCCCAGCGGGCACGGCAGCACCCAGGACUGGUGAGCGGGAACGGGGACACGGGGCUGGGACCGCACCGGGGUGACAGCUCGCGGCAGCGCCAUGCCGAAUUGGGACGCUCCUGGCACGUGACCCCGUGGGUCCUGCGGGACGACCGGACGCUCAGCCUGGCAGAGGCGACCCAGGGCAAGCGGGCGGUGGCGGAGCAGCGGUUCGUGGAGCUGGUGAUGGUGGUGGACCACGCUGCGUUCCAGAAUUACCGCGACCUGCAACGCAUCCGCACCCGGACCUUGGAAAUCGCCAACCAGGUGGACGCGUUCUUCCAGCCGCUGGGAGUGCGUGUGGCCUUGCUGGCGGUGGAGGUCUGGAGCGAGGGCGACAGGUUCGUGGUGGGCGGCAGCGGCCGGGCUGCGCUGGAGCGGUUCCUGCGUUGGCGCCGGGAGGAGCUGCUGCCCCGGCUGCCCCACGACAACGCCCAGCUCCUUACCGUCCUCGUCGUCGCCUCUACCGUGGCCCAUCAGCUGGGGCACAACCUGGGCAUGCGCCACGACGGCACCGGGCGCUUCUGCGACUGCAGCGACCUCCGGCAGGACCGCGGCUGCAUCAUGGCGUUGCCCACGGGGCUGACGCCCGGCUUGAGCUUCAGCAACUGCAGCCGGCAGGACCUGGAGCGCAGCCUGCGGCAGGGACAGGGCUGCGCUGAGACCCGGGUCCGAUUCCUGGGUCCAGAAGCCGCAGACGGCUGGACCGGGAUCUCGCAGCCGGAGCCCCGGUCUGGCAGCCAGGGCCCCCCCGAGCGGCCCCGGCCCCCAGAGUGGCAUCGGGCCACGGAGCUGCAGGUCAUGCACAGCAGCAAGGAGGCGGCCCUGGGUACCAGCUCUGAGCAUCCCUCUGCGCCGGGGGCCGUGCGGUUCGACUCCGCGGCGCCCUGGGACAGGAGCAGCCUGGCACGGCCCUGA